AUCAACUCCACGACAGGAAAUGGCGACGGCGGGGAGCCGGACCUCGUCGUCGGGAAUGUAUGAGUCGAAUAACGGCACAAACGUUGGAAGUGGUCCUCAGGGAAACUCAAGCACUCCUGGUCUUCCAAGCUGUCCCGGUAAGGCGAAGAGUAGUGUCGGGACCUCGCCAUGGAGACGUAAAGAGCUACUGAAAGUCCGAAGUGUGGAUCUGGAUAAGCCUGAGUCGCUGCUCCUGUCUCCCGAGACUGGGACGGCCCCGAUAUCAGUGCAGCUGCACUUGUCUAUAUCCUCGCCUGGUGCGGUGCAGGCUACUUUAUUAGAGCAAACUCACUACAUUCAGCAGAGCAACUCACUAACCGAUCACCCUGUCUCAGAUAAAACAAUUACUAGUUUGUCUACAGACGCUCAGGAAUUGUUGAACACUUAUUUAAAAAACAGCAGCGACCAUCUCAAUCCCGAUAAUGGUGCUACCCGAACUUCAAUAGAAGUGAGCGCAUCACAAAAUAGUUGCGACAUGGAGAGUAAAGACACCCUGCGAGGUCUGCAGAAGAUUGAGGACCGCCCUGAGGACAGGAUGAUCCGGGAGAAACUCAAAGCUACCUGCAUGCCCAACUGGAAGCACGAAUGGCUGGAGAGACGCAGUAGGAGGGGCCCCGUGGUGGUGAAGCCCGUCCCCCUGCGACCAGACGGGAGCGAAGCAGGUUGCAAGGGGGCCGAGGAUGAAUCCAACACGCUCACCAACGCUUCCCCCCAGCAGAUCGGUGGCCUCCGCAGCCCCUCCCCUGGACACCCCUCUUCCUCCUCCUCCUCUUCCUCUGGCAGGGCCUGCGGGAAGCCUGAGUCCCCAGGGGUGCACAGGAAGAGGGCCUCGCCCGUGCCAUUUCAGAGUGGCAGGGUGACCCCCCCUCGCCGGGUGCCCUCCCCAGAUGGAUUCUCCCCUUACAGUCCCGAGGAGACUAGUCGCCGUGUCAACAAGGUCAUGAGGGCCCGCCUCUACCUACUGCAGCAGAUAGGCCCAAACUCCUUCCUGAUUGGAGGAGACAGCCCUGACAACAAAUACAGGGUGUUCAUUGGCCCACAGACCUGUAGCUGUGGCCGAGGAGCAUUCUGUAUCCACGUCCUAUUCGUCAUGCUCAGAGUCUUCCAGCUGGAACCCUCAGACCCCCUGCUCUGGAGGAAAAGCCUCAAAAACUUUGAGGUGGAGAGCUUGUUCCAGAAGUAUCACAAUCGCCGCAGCUCGCGCAUCAAGGCGCCAUCGCGCAACACCAUCCAGAAGUUUGUGUUGCGCAUGUCUAACCCCCACACGUCCUGUCCAUCCAGCACCUCCAGCGCCUCCAGCAACGAGAGCAGUAGUCUGAAGGAUGAGGAGGAGCAGAUGUGUCCUAUCUGUCUGUUGGACAUGUUGGACGAGGAGAGUCUGACUGUGUGUGAGGAGGGCUGCAGGAACAAGCUGCACCACCACUGCAUGUCCAUCUGGGCUGAGGAAUGCCGGCAGAACCACGAGACGCUCAUUUGCCCCCUCUGUAGAACCAAGUGGAAGUCCCAUGAUUUUUACAGCCAUGACCCCUCCUCUGUCUCUAUUGAGAACACUGCAGCGGUGGGUCAUCCCCAGGCGUCAUCAUCGUCCCACAGCGAGGGGGACUCCAGAGGCUGGUCAUCGUCCCAGGAUGGGGACUUCACCCUGCCCCAAUUCGGGGUCCAGCAGGUCCCCCAGACCUACAAAGAACUGGCCGAGCCCUGGAUCAAGGUGUUUGGCAUGGAGUUGGUGGGCUGCCUGUUCUCCAGGAACUGGAACAUCCGGGAGAUGGCCCUGCGGCGGCUGUUGCACGACGUCAGUGGCGCGCUCCUCCUGGCCAAUGGCGAGCACUCCUGCCCGGGGGCCGGGGCGGGCUGUACAGAGGUGUCAGGUGAUGUGGUGUUGGAGUCAUGCUGCAGCGUCCUCUCCAUGGUGUGUGCUGACCCUGUCUACAAGGUCUACGUGGCCGCACUGAAAACCUUGCGGGCCAUGCUGGUGUACACGCCCUGCCACUUGGUGUCUGAGCGCUCACGGCUGCAGCAGCUGCUCCGGCCCGUGGUGGAGACUAUCCUUGUCAAAUGUGCCGACGCCAACAGUCGUACCAGCCAGCUGUCAGUGUCAACACUACUGGAGCUGUGUAAAGCCCAGGUAGGAGAGCUGGCCGUGGGCAGAGAGAUCCUCAAAGCAGGGUCCAUCGGUAUUGGCGGGGUGGACUAUGUCCUGAACUGCAUCCUGGGGCCCCAGACGGAGGCCAAUAACUGGCAGGCCCUAAUGGGCCGCCUUUGUCUGAUUGACAGGCUCCUGCUAGAGUUCCCCGCCGAAUUCUACCCCCACAUAGUUUCCGGAGGGGACUGCCACCAGUCUCAGACCCUGGGGGAGAGGUAUCAGAAGCUGCUUCCCUUGCUGAGCUUCGCGCUGCAGUCCACCGACAACUCCCACUCCAUGGUGGGUAAGUUGUCUCGCCGCAUUUUCCUGAGUGCCGCGCGCAUGGUGGCCCGAGUGCCGCAUGUCUUCGUCAAACUCCUGGACAUGCUUAGCAUCAUCAGCUCCACACACUACGCCCGCAUGCGCCGCCACUUGCUCGCUAUCGCAGAGGAGAUGGACAUCCUGGACGCCCUCAAUCUGAGCCUGGAGAUCAUGGAGUACAGCGCCAGUGAGGGACAUGAACUGGUCAGCGCCGCCUUCCUGAAGCCCUCCGCACCUCAGAACUCGCCCAACAUGACCGAGAGCAACACACCAACGCAUACGAUUCAGCUAGCCAGUGGAAAGGGAGGGAGAGGUUGCUUUGGCAAGGUAGAGGCAAGUCCUGAGGAUAUAACUGAGAGGUUAGCGGCCAUUUCGACUAGCACCUGGCAUCCCGAUAUGGCAGCUUCCGCGUGCAGUGGGGCCCAUGCCGGGCACCCAAAGCUCCCUGUUCGGGCACGUAACUGCCUCCUCAGCCAGUUUCUGAACUCCUCCUCUUCCAGCCAAGCCCCUAGCCUCCCCUCGCCCUCCACCUCCUUCCAGGGCCCUGACAGCAAUCCCAAACCCCGACCCCAGAGUUUCGGCCCCAGCAAGCUGGCAUCUUCUGCCUCCUCCUGCUCCCCUGGCGCCCAGCGCAUAUUCCACCAGCAGAAGCCCUAUAGCAGCAAGGACCCUGAGAAGCAGCUCCCCUCCCCCUGCUUCACCCAGGAUAGACACGUCCCCUCCAGCAAGAUCCACAGACCAAAGCCCUCCCGAUCCACCACCCCCGAGGGGCCCAAGGUCCUCUGCACCCCACCCACCCCAAGAGUCUCUAAGGUGGACCUCCAGUGGGAGUCGACCAGCCUUUCUACUAGCACCUCCGGAGGCGAAGGCCUCUCCACAGGGGGCCACAUGGGGGGAGCCACCACCCUUAUCACCAGCGAGGACAGCUGCUUCACCCCCGUGGAAGAGAAGUUAUGCGCCUUGAACGCCUCAGGCGAGCUCAAUUCCUCCAUGGAAGACCUCCUGGAAACCUCAAUAUCGGCAGCCGGCGAUGCCACCACCGUCACCUUCCAGUCAGAGGUGGCCGUGCUAUCGCCAGAGCAAGUCGGGGACAUGCCAGGGGGAGGGGGGGCUGUGGGGACGUACAGUGAGGACGUGACGCAGCACCAGAAGUGCAAGGAGAAGAUGGAGGCGGAGGAGGAAGAGGCGCUGGCCGUGGUCAUGGCCAUGUCGGAGUCACAGGAUGCGCUGCCCGUCAUCCCGCAGCUACAGGUGGACAAGGACCAGGACUGCAUCAUCGUCCAGGCAGAUACCCCAGAGACUCUGACUGGCCUUACCAAAGCAAAGCAGCCCUACAGGGAGGGCCACGAGUGGCUGAAGGGCCAGCAGAUUGGCUUGGGGGCCUUCUCCUCCUGCUACCAGGCCCAGGACGUGGGCACUGGCACCUUGCUAGCAGUCAAACAGGUGACGUAUGUGAGGAACACAUCGUCGGAGCAGGAGGAGGUGGUGGAGGCUCUGAGGGAGGAGAUCCGGAUGAUGGCCCACCUCAACCACCCCAACAUAAUCCGCAUGCUGGGGGCCACCUGCGAGAAGAGCAACUACAACCUGAUGGUAGAGUGGAUGGCAGGUGGGAGUGUGUCCCAUCUCCUUAACAAGUACGGGGCCUUCAAGGAGGCUGUGAUCAUCAACUACACGGGGCAGCUGCUCCGAGGUCUGGCCUACCUCCAUGAGAAUCAGAUCAUCCACAGAGACAUCAAAGGUGCCAACCUGCUGAUUGACAGCACAGGUCAGAGGCUGCGUAUAGCCGACUUUGGGGCUGCUGCCAGACUGGCCUCUAAGGGCACUGGAGCAGGGGAGUUCCAAGGCCAACUCCUGGGAACCAUCGCCUUCAUGGCCCCCGAGGUGCUACGUGGACAGCAGUACGGCCGGAGCUGUGAUGUGUGGAGUGUGGGCUGUGCCGUCAUCGAGAUGUCGUGUGCCAAGCCCCCCUGGAAUGCAGAGAAACACUCCAACCAUCUUGCCCUCAUAUUCAAGAUUGCGAGUGCCACCUGUGCACCCUCCAUCCCUCCCCAGCUGACUGUGGGCCUGAGGGACGUCACCCUGCGCUGCCUGGAGCUGCAGCCCACGGACCGUCCCCCCUCCAGGGAACUCCUCAAGCACCCCAUCUUCCGUCUCAACUGGUAGUCCCCAACAUCCUCCCCCAGUCCACUACCCUCCCUAUCCCAAAGCGUCCGUAUGGAAAUACUACUGAAGGCCUAGCCAAGCCUGCUUUCUCUCCUCCUCUAAACGCUUCCAAUCAGACCAACCUCCCUAACCGCUACCAUUACCACCUUCCUUGCACCCCAGACCCUCCCCAGUCAAGAGUGGAGGGCCUGGGAUGGACAGUAGUAUCUGGGCCCUCCUCUCUCUCUCCCUUCUACUAUGGCCUCAAACUGCUGUAUCUUAGCACAAAAUGUAAAAAGCAAGUCGCAAAAUUUCUACUACGAAAAUGGUGCAUUCUUAGUCACAGGGCCAUGUUGGUAUACUGUAGUCUGUAUUGCUCUUCAAGGCUUUGUUCUGGUAAUGAAAUGGUUCAUUAAGCACUUCCGUAGCCAUUUUGCAGUGCCGCAAAGGUUUCAAGAAGUUAUUUCCAUUUUAACCCGUGAGUCAAAAAUAAGUCCUUAGAACCACAAAUGGAAGACGAUAGAGUAAAGAUGGUUUUUAUCACUUAUGUUGUAUAGUCUGGUCAUAAGUCUCAGAAGAAAAUCAUAAUGAAGCGGCUUAAUCGGUUGAUUUUGUGCAUAACUGCGUUUCUACAAAGAUGCCGUUAAAAUGUGCAUUUUACUGUUGGGCCAUCAAGCUUAGUCGAAUAAUCAUGAAGAUCACUUAAGUGUUUCAGGGAUUACUGACAUAUCUAACAGAAACUUUGCUAGUUUGGCAAGCUUAACACUGGAUGUGAACGCUUAUGAUGCCGGUAUUUGUCUGAACUGUUUUUUUGUUUUUAAGACAUGAAAGACAUAAAAAGUUUUAGAACACCUACUCAUUCAAGGGUUUGUCUUUAUUUUUAGUAUUUUCUACAUUGUAGAAUAAUAGUGAAGACAUCAACACUAUGAAAUUACACGUAUGGAAUCAUGUAGGAAACAAAAAAGUGUUAAAUUAAUCAAAAUAUAUUUUCUUCAAAUAGCCCCCCUUUGACUUGAUGACAGCUUUGCACACUCUUGGCAUUCUCUCAACCAGCUUCAUGAGAUGGUCACCUGGAAUGCAUUUCAAUUAACAGGUGUGCCUUGUUAAAAGUUCAUUUGUGGAAUUUCUUUCCUUCUUAAUACGUUUGAGCCAAUCAGUUGUGUUGUGACAAGGUAGGGGUGGUAUACAGAAGAUAGCCCUAUUUGGUAAAAGACUAAAUCCAUAUUAUGCCAAGAAUAGCUCAAAUAAGCAAUUAGAAACAACAGUCCAUCAUUACUUUAAAACAUGAAGGUCAGUCAAGCCGGAAAAUGUCAAGAACUUUGAAAGUUUCUUCAAGUGCAGUCGCAAAAAACAUCAAGCACUAUGAUGAAACUGGCUCUCAUGAGGACCGCCACAGGAAAGGAAGACCCAGAAUUACCUCUGCUGAUAAGUUCAUUAGAGUUAUUUGCCUUUUUGCCCAAAUAAGACUCAUCUCAUCUCAACAUCAAGUGUUCAGAGGAGACUGUGUGAAUCAGGCCUUCAUGGUCAAAUUCCUGGAAAGAAACCAUUACUAAAGAACACCAAUAACAAGAAGACACACGAGCAAUGAACAUUAGACCAGUGGAAAUCUGUCCUUUAGUCUGAUAAAUCUGAGAUUUUUGGUUCCAACCGCCAUGUCUUUGCGUGACGCAGAGUAGGUGAGCGGAUGAUCUGAAAUAUAAAAUAUAUUUUGAUUUGUUUAACAAUUUAACAAUGAUUCCAUAUGUUAUUUCAUAGUUUUGAUGUCUUUACUAUUAUUCUACAAUGUAGAAAUUAGUAAAAAAUAAAGAAAAGCUCUUGAAUGAGUAGGUGUUUCCAAACUUUGGUCUGGUACUGUGUAUGUAACAAGAAUUGUUAUAUUGAGUGAACAAAACAUUAAGAACACCUGCUUUUUCCAUUACAAAUUGACCAGGUGAAAGCUAUGAUCCAUUAUUGAUGUCACUUGUUUAAUCCACUUCAAUCAGUGUAGGUGAAGGGUAGGAGACAGGUUAAAUAAGGUGUUCCUAAUGUUUGGAAUGCUCAGUGUAUAUUAUAUAUAUAUAUAUAUAUAAAACGGAUAUGUUUCUUAGCUUUUUGUAUGUUAUUCUCUCUUCAAAACUAUCCUUACAAAUUGAGACAUCUGUUGAGUAUGGAGGUAAGGUCUCCCAACAACGUUUUAAUGUCGGGCCACGGCGUUAAAAGAAAUCCCCCGUCGGCCUCUUAACUUUCGCUGUUACGCUGUGUGCGUCACGCAUAUUUGUGUAUUUGUUUAUCAUUUAAUGAACCUUCAAAACCUCUAUUUUCAAUAUUGAUCUACCAUUCUUUUGGUGCUAUUCUGUUGUAGAAGGUCACACAACAAUUCAGUUAUUUUUGAUCUGAGAACUAUUUGCUUUUUUAAUAUGUUAUAAAAUCCGUAUAUAUCUGAGGUUUUUAUCAAACUUCUUUUUUCCAUGGGGGAUUUUCUAUUUGAUAAAUAUAAAUGCUGUUCAAUGUAGUUUUUUGAGUCAAGUGAUAUUUCGGAACUCAAGCUAGACCUUUUUGCUUGUAAAUGUUUUUUCUCUCUCUUUUUAAUUAGAGUUCUUUCUCAAGCAUGAUCCUAAAUUGUGUUACUUGUAUGAACUAUAACUCUUCAAGUGUUGUUGUUCUCGUUGUAAUCAGUUAAGAAAGUAAAAUUCUGAUAAUUAAUUAAUUUAAUUUAAAAAAAUAUUGAAUUGGAAAUAUGCAUUUAAUUGCUAUUUUUAUAUUUGAAUCUCUAGUUUAAAGGGUUCAAGAGUUCGAAUCCCGUAAUGGCAAUGGUUUGAGACAAUUUCAAAAAUACUGUUUUUUUUUGUUGCAUACAAUUGUAUAUAUUUAAUACUAAUCAUAUUUCUUUAUGUGGAGUAUAAGCUGAUCAAGCUUGAAGACUUAAAUGUAAAUAAAUGUGAAGUUUGGUAGUUAAAAUUAUUGUACUUGACUGUAUUUUUAUACCACACUAUUUUCCAUAAAUAUUAGUUUUUGUUCCUGCUUCUGGUUAUUUUUCUUAUCUUACCUUUCAAUGUAUUUUUAAAAGCUUUAAAGUUAUGCACUCUUGUUUUUUUUAUAUACUGGAAGAAAAAUCUGUUUCGGUCAAAUUCAUAAAAGCUAGUCAGUGUUAUUUCAAUUUGUCAUGUCUGGUAAGAAUUAUAAUCUCUCAAUGCCUUCUGAAUCCUCCUCUUAUCCACCUGUGUCUCAGCCAGCUUUCUAGUCUUUAUGCAUUAUAUUUUCUUAUUUUAUGUUGAUGUGAUGUAAUCUUAUGUCCUUUUUUGGAUCUGAGUUGGCUUGAAAUGUGUGUGUGAAAUUGUAUGCUGUUUCCUAUGCCACUUGGUGGUACUUUUUUAUUUGUAAAGAAUGUCUAUUGCUCUUUUAUUCCAGUCUCCACUACCUCAUGUGUCCUAUAGAGUCUCUUCUACCAAAGUUCACUUUCUAAAUAUAUAUAUAAAUAUACAGUAUAUUAUUUUUUAUUGACUAUUGUGUUUUUUGGUUUCUCUUUUUCAAAAAUUCCAGGGCUAAGGGCUAACUUAUAUUAGCACAUUUUUCGUGCAAAAUCUCAUGAAAUCUCUGGGUUAUAAAAAAAAAUGAAACUAUAUCCUGUAAGUUAAAAUAUAUCAAGAUAUUUUAAUUAUUCAAAUCUUUACCCUAUUCGAAGCAUUUUAUAUCAUGAAUUUGAACUUAUUUUAUAGUAAAUAAACAAAAUAUUUGGGGAAAAG